UGCCCCUCAAAGAUUGUAUUUUUUUUUCUUCAGAAAAGGAGGUAAUAUUGAAGCAUAUAUGUAUGCUUAAAAAUGCUUCUAUUCUUCUUCCUCGCCAGUACUGUACUUGCGGCAAAAGCCCAAGCAGAUUUCAAUAAUCCUCUUAUAAACAACCUAAUUUACCUUCUCCGACCGCGAUACGGUUCCGGCGGCGGCGGCAAUGGAGUAUCGUGCCUGAGUUGGAGAUUCGGCGUCGAGACGAAUAACAUCAUUGACUGGAGCACAAUUCCGGAGAAAUGUGAGCUCUAUGUAGGAAACUACAUGCUCGGCGAGCAGUACAGAAAGGACUCCGAAGUGGUUAUUAAGGAAGCUUAUCUCUACGCCACGAGCCUCAAUCUUUCCAAAGAUGGCAAGGACGUGUGGAUCUUUGAUAUAGAUGAGACUUCACUCUCCAACCUACCUUAUUACGCCAGACAUGGAUUUGGAGUGGAGCCUUUCAAUCUCACGUCGUUCACUGAAUGGAUCCUGACGGAAGAUGCCCCGGCAUUACCAGAAACUCUUAAAUUGUACAAAAGCUUAAUAUCUUUGGGGUUUAAGAUUGUGUUCCUGUCAGGGAGAUACGAAAAAACACGAUCCGCAACUGAGAGGAAUUUAAUAUAUGUUGGAUACAAGGCAUGGGAAAAAGUUUUACUCAGGAAGGAUUCAGACAAGUCAGCAUCGUCACUUGAGUACAAAUCAGCUCAGAGGAAGCAAUUGGUGAAGGAUGGAUAUAGCAUUGUUGGGAACAUAGGGGAUCAAUGGAGUGAUCUUUUGGGAACAGAUCCUGGCAAUAGGACCUUCAAAUUGCCCGAUCCCAUGUACUACAUCAGUUGAAUUAAGUACGCGCUUUACUAAAUCAAGUGUGUGCCAGUACGCGUUUUACUCUUACAAUUUCGGUGUUAAUUAAGUAAAGAUUUUAGCUGUAACUUUCGGAUCAGAAAUUGUGUCCGGCUCCAAGCUAGCUAUAUAAUAGAACUCAUCACACAGUACUGUAUAGUGAGCAAAUUCCUUGUCUAAAAAAUUUUUAAAUACUAUAAUUUCCCUAUUUUUAA